UUGACUAAUAUUUUGUGUUUUUGGUUCGUAUUGCUAGGAGGUGUUUUCAAGUUAGAACUGUUUUUGCCGGAGGAAUAUCCAAUGGCUGCCCCUAAGGUUAGGUUUCUGACAAAAAUAUAUCAUCCAAAUAUUGAUAAGCUCGGAAGGAUAUGUCUUGAUAUUCUGAAAGAUAAGUGGAGUCCGGCUCUUCAGAUACGUACUGUUCUUUUGAGCAUCCAAGCACUUUUGAGUGCACCAAACCCAGACGAUCCGCUUUCUGAGAACAUUGCCAAGCAUUGGAAAACAAAUGAGGGCGAGGCUGUUGAAACAGCAAAAGAGUGGACCCGAUUAUAUGCCAGUGGUGCCUAAUGCGAUGACGGAAACUUUUGGCCUGAAAAUAACCAUGAUGCAAAAUGUAUGCUAUUAGUAUUAAUUAUCAAUUUGAAAUGGAAAUUUGGAGGAAUUGGAGUCUGAACAUUUGAAGUUAUUGUUCCUCAGAUUGCAGUUUCCUGUUAUUUCCUUUCUUCUCCUGGAAGCAGUUAUCUCGGAUCUUGUAUGAAUAUAUAUAUGGUAGCCAUUUAUCUGUCACAUUCAGCACAUGAACCAUCUUCAACUGUUAAGUAAUUACUGAUUUUGAAUUGUGGAAGUCAGAGUGAAAAUUGUGGAAAGUGAAAAAGAAAAAGGUUUCUGUA